UCACGCGGUCGUUACAUGUGACUUCCUCUCAACGAAUUGGCAGCAGCCAUAUUUUUCAUGUGACCCGGCGCAGGAGCACAUGACCUUCAACUCUCAUCCCGAAGCAUUCCGCGCGUAAUUUCAACGACGAUGCUCGAGCCUUCAAGCGACGAGAAAGCCGACGCGCCGAGCGAGGCGACCCAACAAGAAGUCAUCACCGAGACGCACGAUCAACACGAAGAAGUAGCGGCUAUGCUACAAUUGCCCUACACGGCGCAACAAGAUCAGCAACAUGAGCACAACAAUGUAGCAGCCGUCGCGGCUGCAGCUGCCAUUCCGCGCCUCAUUCCGCACGUGCAGGUCGCGCCGACGGCCGUCGGUGAGAUCUCUGCGCUCACGACGCAGCAGAUUGAGGCCGACGGAGGCGUCGUGUUCAUCUCGCAAGCCGCGGCGACGGGCGGCGGCGGCGGUGCGGAGUCGGGCGGCGCCGCUGCGCAGGUUGUGACGUCAUCGCAGGGUGUUGAUGACGUGACGGUUGUCACGAGGAACGUUGUGACGAGCGCGGCGGCCAGUCAGCCGCAGUUGUUGCCGGCGAUCACGCCGAUGUCGGUUGGACAGGGACAAGGUCAGCAGUUCUAUCUGAUGGUUCCUGCUGGCAGCCAUGAAGCACCACAAGUGAUUACUCAGAAUGCAACACAAAGAGCAAUCGCACCGAGAGCUCAACAAGCAGGAGGGAAACAGUCAGUGUCGCGGAGUAUGAGAGACGAAAGAAGACGAUCAACUCACAAUGAGGUCGAGAGAAGGCGACGCGACAAAAUUAACACUUGGAUCACUGAACUUGCGAAAGUUGUACCCGAUUGUCAGGAUGAUCACACCAAGCAAGGCCAGUCAAAAGGCGGUGUACUAGCAAAGACGGUCGAUUACAUCCAAGAUCUCCAGCAAGCUCACGCUCGAAUGUCCGAAAUCGCUCAAAGCCACGAACGUCUCUCGAUGGACGCUCAAGCAUUACAAACUCGAAUCGUAGAACUCGAGCACGAGAACACGGCACUCAAAGCCAAACUACAAUCGAUGGAAAGCCAGAUGCUCCAGAACCGAGUCGAAGAACUGGAAAUGGAAAACGCAACCUUGAAGGCACAAUACAGCGCCAAUCAGACAUCGAAAAUUGCUUCGUCCGAAGACUCGGCGAUGAACACGUCUUGACUAUCGUCAUCUGUCGUAAACGUUAGAUUUCUUAAUGCAUUCGUUGUGGCUCGCUUGUCGUCGAA